UUGACCUGGCGUGGAGUUUCUGAUGGGAAAGCGUUUGGCUGAUGAGCCCCCCUGGGUGUGUGGGGAGGAGCCAAGCUGGGCACAGGCCCUGUGGUGGGGGAGGCCAGACCUCCACUUGGAUUCCGUGCUCUGCUCAGCAGCAAACUGCACUCCUCACUCCCAGGUUGAAGUCCACACCCGCCGCCCACUCGCCCGCCCACAGGUUGCGCCUCUCCUGGUUCUGCCGCCGCCGCUGCUGUUCCCGGGAGGCAUGUCCUCGCCGUCCUGGCCGCCCCCAGGGCUGGUCCAGAAGCUCUCCUGGUACAUCGACCUCCACCAGGACGAAUUUGUGCAGACACUCAAGGAGUGGGUGGCCGUUGAGAGUGACUCGAUUCAGCCUGUGCCCCGCCUCAGACAGGAGCUGCUCAGAAUGAUGGAUCUGGCUGCCGCAGCGCUCCGGCGCCUGGGCGCCCGCGUGGACCUCGUGGACUUGGGCUCUCAGCAGCUGUCUGGUGGUCAGACUCUGCCGAUCCCGCCCGUCGUCCUGGCCGAGCUGGGGAAGGAGCCGGAGAAGCCCACCGUGUGCUUCUACGGCCACCUGGACGUGCAGCCCGCCGCGCAGGCCGAUGGCUGGCUCACCGCCCCGUUCGUGCUGACGGAGGUGGACGGAAAACUUUACGGACGAGGAGCGACAGACAACAAAGGGCCCGUCUUGGCGUGGAUCAAUGCCGUGAGCACCUUCCGGGCCCUGGAGGAAGAUCUCCCCGUGAAUGUCAAGUUCGUCCUUGAAGGGAUGGAAGAAGCUGGGUCUGUGGCCCUGGAGGAACUUGUCAAGAGAGAAAAGGACGGGUUCUUUUCCAAUGUGGACUGCAUUGUGAUUUCCGACAACCUGUGGCUCAGCCAGAGGCCGGCACUCAUUUACGGAAUGCGAGGGAACAGCUACUUCACGGUGGAGGUGAAAUGCAGAGAUCAGGAUUUCCACUCAGGGACCUUUGGCGGCAUCCUCAGUGAGCCGAUGGCCGACUUGGUGGCUCUCCUCGGGAGCCUCACCAACGCCUCCGGCCGCAUCCUGGUCCCCGGCAUCUACGACCAGGUGGCUCCUGUCACAGAGGAGGAGAGACAGCUGUACUCAGCCACCGACCUGGACCUCGCAGAGUUUCGGCACAGCACCCAGGUGAAGAAGUUCCUGUUUGACACCAAGGAGGAGGUUCUCAUGCACCUGUGGAGAUAUCCGUCUCUCUCCAUCCACGGGAUUGAGGGCGCGUUUGCUGGGCCGGGGACGAAAACCGUCAUCCCUGGCCAAGUCACGGGCAAGUUCUCCAUCCGGCUGGUCCCCCACAUGGAGGCACCCGUGGUGGAGACACAGGUGAAGCAGUAUCUCCAGCGCAUCUUCUCCGAAAGAAAUAGUUCCAACCAGAUGGCUGUUUCCAUGGUGCUGGGGCUGCGCCCGUGGAUAGCAGACAUGAAGGACAGUCACUACCUGGCAGCAAAAAGAGCCAUCAAAACAGUGUUCGGCACGGAGCCAGAUAUGAUCCGGGACGGGUCGACUGUACCGGUCGCGCAGAUGUUCCAGGACAUUCUCCAGAAGAGGGUGCUGAUGCUCCCGCUCGGCGCCGUUGACGACGGCGAGCACUCUCAGAACGAGAAAAUCAACAGGUGGAACUACAUAGAGGGGUCCAAAUUAUUUGCUGUCUUCCUCCUGGAGGUGGCUCAAUUGCACAGACAGUGAGGGGACUGUCCAGCUUAGCUCUGGCCGACGGGCAGAUCCCCCCUCCCACGACCUGGACAGGAGUGGAAUAGAAAUACCCAGAACAUUCUGGUCCAGCAAAUAGCAUUUCCCCUUCCAUUUACAUACCUUUGGACGUUUGGACCAAUACUAUAAUAUCUUAAAGGCGCAGUCAUUGGGAAUGGUUUAAUGUCCCUGUUGUGCAUCUUUCUAAAGUCACAGCUGCCUUCACCAGCUUGAUCUCCCCAAGUUCAGCCGCAGCAGCCCAGGACGAACUUGGUCUGCCCUUCCAGCUCCGGGGCAGUUCUUUGACCGGACUCUCCCCUCGCAACAACUGGCCUGGUCACCAUGGCUCGCAUUCCGGACACACGGCACACACUCACUCCAUCCAGGGGCGGUCCCUGCUCGCCCCGCCCUCGCUUGUACCACCCCCUCCUCUCAUCUUGAAAACGAAAACACCAGCCGCCACCACUGACCACCAUGGUUUCCCUGUGGGGGCGCCUUUAGAGGGGCCGCUAAAACCUGAGACCGUGUUAGCUGGCUUCUCUUUCAUUUGGUUGCUCCUGUUCUAGGAAGUUCUGAGCCAGGAACGAUCAAUAUCCGCAUCCUCAGACCAUUUGGGAUUCGUUGGGUGAGAGGAGCAUAUUUCACACGAAGCCUCUUGACCCGAGUUGGGAUGGAUGCCACCCGACCACCCCUCCGGGUUGCUCUCCUUCCUUCCUCUCCACCACUGAAGGCCCACGCUCGCUCGCCCCCAUUCCCCAAAACGUCUGUGCAGGUGUGAGUCCCCCACAGCAGAGUCACCCCCGGUACAAGUUCGCUUAGCGCACCAGAAUCUGACUCAAUGGCUUCAUCUCAAUUGCUCAAAGCUUUUAAUAGCAUCAGCGAGAGACAGAACUAAUCAACCCUGACAUCAGUAGCACCGUCUCUAUUUAAAGCCAUCAGCUGGUGAGCGUUCAUUAAUCAUUUUAGUUCCCCAUCUUGUUUGGCUUGAUUGGCUUUGAUGGUGUAAACAAACAAACAAAUAUGAAUGUAAUUUUUCUAAGGUUGAGUGGAUGUAAACAAAUCAGUCUUUAUGAAUUCGUUAUCUAAAUCACAUUAAUGGGAAGGAAUUUAAGGGUUUAUUAAAAAUGUUUCUCUUGUGAUUGCCAAUAAAAACAAAGCAUAACUCAUCCCAGCUCUCUGUCAGCU